AUGCCGACGUCGAGCAAGAUCUUCAGUGUGGUGGCCUUACAUGAACAAGCAAGUGGAAGAAGUUUAUGGAUCGAGAUUGCAUUAUUACAGGAUACGACGUCGCUUACAGUAAUCAAUCAUCUAAAGUCAAUUUUCGCAAAGUACGGAAUACCUAAAGUGAUAAUUUCUGACAAUGGACCACACUACUCUUCGGGAGAAUUUUCCAAAUUUGCAGAAGAAUAUGGAUUUUGUCAUAUAACGUCAAGUCCUCGCUAUGCUCAAUGUAACGGAGAGGCGGAGCGUGCAGUCCAAACUGUUAAAAAUCUGCUUAAAAGAACAAAAGAUCUAUACAUGGCAUUGCUGAAUUAUAGAAGUACAGCUUUAAAAAAUGGUUAUUCUCCAAGUGAACUUCUCAUGGGAAGAAAGUUGAGAACGAAGUUACCAGUUUAUUCAAGUGAAUUGAUUCCAAAAUGGCCUAACAUGGAUGAAUUGCAAAAUAAAGAGUUGGGCGAUAAAAUGAAACAAAAGAUGCAUUUUGAUAAAAGGCACAGAGCUCAAAAUAUGGAAAAAUUGCAGAUUGGUGAUCAUGCAUGGAUCAAAGAUGGUCUUUAA